AUGGUGCAGCUUACAACAUCAUACGAUGUCGAUCAGAAACACCACCUCGAGCAGACAUGUACUUACGCUGACUUGCGAGAGCCGUCCUCUCCGUGCGGACAACUACACCUUAAAGAUAGCAGCGCAUCUGUCAGCGGGCUAGGCGGGUUGGCAACGCCGAGCAGCUCGGCUUCUGUUCCAUCACCAGAGCGUGCUGAUUUGAAAUUAACGAAGUCUGGAACUGGCUUUAAAGAUUCGACUCACUGGACGUCCGUUCUGAGCGACGUGACAGCGGCAAAGGAAGGCGCCAUCCCAUCGGAGACAGCAUUCGACGAUGGUUCAUCACCGCUCGAGCAGAAUGUCCUCCUCUUCGAGGGGUGCAAACACGCCACGGACCAAGAACUCCUCGAUGCGAUGCCGCCGAGGAGAGAAUCCGACGCCUUGGUUGCGCUCUACUUUCGUGCUCAGGAAUACCGAUUAUCUGUGCUACACCCGACCGAGUUCUUGAAGAGAUAUAACGCAUUCUGGGAAAAUCCCAGUGCUACAUCUGUCUCCUGGCUCGGCCUCUUGUACAGCAUCUACUGCCUCACCAGCCAAGUCCAGAGCCUCUCGACGGCCCAGGACAACGCAUCGUCCGUCUGGUCAGCUACAGCCUUGUAUAAGAUACUGGGCUACCGAGAAAAGGUCGUCCAGUGCCUCGUCCGAGCCCAGUUCGCCAAGGGCGGUCCUGACAUUAUGGAAACCCUGGUCCACUACCUCUUGAUUGAGAGCUACCUGAACAGGGACUCUAAUGUUGGAAUUUGGCUCUUAAUGGGCAACAUUGUCCAAAUAGCGAUCCGCAUGGGCUACCAUCGAGACCCGCAGCACUUCAAGUCCCUAUCCCCCUACCAGGGCGAGAUGAGGCGCCGGAUGUGGGCCAUGAUCUACUCGCUCGACAUCGGCUUCUCCACGCAGAUGGGCCUUCCGAGCAGCAUCAAGCACUCGCUCAGCGACACCAUGCCGCCUCGAAACCUUCAGGACCGCGACUUUGAUGGCAGCUCGACUGACCUGCCGCCCGAGAGGCCGAUCGACGAACUGACCUCCAGUACCGUCAUCCUCGCCAAGCUUCACGUCGCCACCAGCAUCGGUGAUGUAUCAGACCUGGUCUGCAGUCCUCAGCCGAUCUCAUAUGAGAACCUGGUCGCGGCGAAUGCAAAACUAGACUUGACGUAUGCGACCAUUCCCGGUCCUUGCAAGUUCAGACGCAUGUCCGAAUCUCUGUUAGACCCUCCAAGCGUCAUAUUCCAGCGGAUAAACUUUUACAUGCAUUACCAAAGAGCCCGGAUCCUCGUCAAUUGGAAGUUUCUCAGUACCUCGAAGGAUACGCAAGCCAGCAAUCAGUGCUGGGGUAUUGUGAUAGAGGCGGCCUUGGAGAUCCUGCGGCUGCAGCACCGCAUGGCGGAGGAGUCUGACGUCCUGGACGCGUCCCGCCCUACUGGUAUGGUCGACUCGUGCUUCAUAAACAAUGGGUACUUUUUAGCCGCAAGUAUCUUGUGCUUUCUCGUACAGCAUCGUCAAGACAGGCUGUCGGCCCAAGAUCUGUCGGAAGUGCGAAGCCUGCUUGAAAAGAGCCUAGCCAUCUGGAGCCGCACCAACCACUUGUCAAGCGAAGCAAGCAAAGUAGUCAUGGCUCUGAGGGUAGUACUCGGACAACCUGAGGAGCCCAACACACAUUCUACAACCGAAACAACGGCGUCGCCUCAAGCGGGCGCGGGUGAGAUGGCGUUUUCUAGUUGCACCUCUUUCUUUGAUGACCUGCCUUUGAUGAUGACCGACGUCGACCCUGCCGCGUUUCCCACACUGCCCUUGAUUCCCAUGAUAGACAACUGGCUGCAGGUAGAUAGGGGCAUUUAG